AUGCGUGCCGUGCCGCAGCCCGGCCUGGUGCGCCCGGGGCCCGUGCCGCAGCCCGGCCUGGUGCGCCCGGGGCCCGUGCCGCACAACAUAGGUGCCCAUCUCACGCAGGAGCAGUGCCGGGUGGCGGCUGGGAAGAUCCCCUGUGUGGAUGCCCCCGGCCGCACUGCUUGCGCGCAGGCUGGCUGCUGUUAUGAUGAGACGGACCCAACGACUCCCUGCUACUAUGGCAACACAGUUACUGCUCAGUGCCUCCUGGAUGGUCACUUUGUUCUGGUGGUCUCCAGGGACAUGUCUGCCCACCCCAACAUCCUGGACAGUGUCCGGCUAGCCUAUGCCCAGACUGGGUGUGAGCCCAUCAGGAAGACUGAGGCUUUUGUGAUCUUCCACUUUCCCCUCAUGCAGUGCGGCACCACAGCUCAGGUGACUGGGGACAAACUGAUCUAUGAGAACCAGCUGGUCUCUGGCAUCGACAUCCAGACUGGGCCAGAUGGCUCCAUCACCCGGGACAGCACCUUCAUCCUCCAUGCUCGCUGCAUCUACAAUGCCAGUGACUUCCUGCCACUGCAGGUUCAGAUCUUCAUGCCCCCUUCACCUGCUCCAGUCACCCAGGAAGGACCCCUCCACCUUGAGCUGCGCAUUGCCACAGACCUGAGCUACACAUCCUACCUUGAGGAGGGAGACUACCCUGUGCUGAAGGUGCUCAGGGACCCUGUCUACGUGGAGGUUCGCAUCCUGCAGAGAACAGACCCCGCCCUGGUCCUGGUUCUGCACCAGUGCUGGGCCACCCCCAGUGCAAACCCCCUGGAGCAGCCGCAGUGGCCCAUCCUGGUGGACGCGUGCCCGUUCCUGGGAGACAACUACAGAACCCAGCUUGUGCCCAUGGGCCCGGCCUCCUCUGAGCUGCCCUUCCUGAUGCACCACCAGCGCUUCGUCCUCUCCACCUUUGCCUUUGUGGACUCUGCUGCCCAGAUGGUGCUUGAAGGACUGGUGUACAUUUACUGCAGUGCCUCUGCCUGCCACCCCUCCCAGCUGGAGCCCUGCCGGACCACGUGCCCAUCAGGAGCUGCUAUAAGAGGCCGCCGGUUCCUAGAUCUCAAUAGGACAGGAGAGCCCCAGGACCUGGUGAGUUCUCAUGGUCCUGUGAUCUUUGGGGAGGGCACCAAGCUGUGGAGAGAACAAGUCUGAGACCAAAGGCCCUGUCUCCAGACUGGACCUGACCCUGGUACUUCUGGCCAUAUUGUCGGUGGUGGUGGUGGUCUCCCUUAUUGUUCUGACUCUCUUCUGUAGGAGAAGCAGCUGGAUGACAAGGUCCCAAAGCUUUC